AUGAAUCUAGACCAGCUUGACGGGUUUUCAAAUCCAUCGACAGAUGCUAUACUAGAGCCAGAACUGUCUGUUAUACCAUCAUCAGACUCUACUAUGCAUUCAGAAUCAAAUAUUGCAUCGCUACCAAGGGGUUAUCCAGUCACAAUGAAUGGCUUGAAUACAUCUCGCCCUCCAUCUGCAGCUCAAAUCUCUGUUAUUGGCAAAGUCCCGCCACGUACAUCACAAUCUCAUCCCAUCAAUCUUUCCUGGGUUUUCGAGUACGAGCUUCUAAAGCAGAUGCCGUCAGGACCCAGCUCUAUUCAUGACAAGUAUGCAGCAACCUCGGCUGCUGUCCAUUUUCCUCCAACAAGAUAUAUUGGUGGUCCAGAUCAAGAGCGGAUGCAGAUUUUGCCUUACGUGGCACGGUUUCGUCAGUGGUCCAAACAACUUCGACCACUACCAUAUAUUCCUAAACGUCCAGCAAUGGGAAUGCAGCACACUGUACCAUUAUUUUUUGACUCGUUUUUAGAGAAUGAUCAGCUGUCACAGAUUGGGUUUAAUUCGACUGUGGAUGCUAAGCCGUCUACUGGACUCGACACAAUCGGCAUGUUAGAAAAUAAAACCACAAUGGAUCCCAGUCAGAGUAUGGCUUGUGAAGAUAUGGAGCAGUCGCUCGAAGCAGUCCAAUUGUCUGGUUUUAGUCAGAACCCCUGCACGACUUAUUCGUGCAGAUAUCUAGAUUCUGGUCGACGUACUGCCGUGUAUUCUGCCAACCAAAACCUUGAUCAAUCCUUGAACCAUUCUAGAAAUUCGUAUAAAAACGGCAUGAAUAAUCAUAGUCACAGCAAUAGCAAUACGCUUCAAGUCGCCUAUCAAAAUGAAAACACCAAAUUCCAAGAAAAACCAGUCUCAACUUGGCCACUGAUUCAUGGUAAUAUUUGUUUGAGCUCGUGCCCUGGAAAAAAAGUUCGACUUACAACUGGUCCUGUAGACGGCAGAGCCGUGGUAAACCGAGAUAUCAAGUCUGAUUUUCAACGUAUUGCAUCCAUGGGUGUUCGAGCAGUAGUGUGUUGUUUAUAUGACGAAGAACUAGCCUUGUUAGGAUCACCAUUCAACGAGUAUCUAGAAACCGUACAUAGUUUAAACAUAACUUUUAUUCGUAUUCCAAUUAUAGAGGGAGGAACUCCAGUGUGUUUGAUGGACACUAUUUUGGUUUUAGAUGAGAUUGACGCAUGUAUAAAAAAUGGAUCGAAUGUCCUUUGCCAUUGUAGAGGCGGUAUCGGUCGCGCUGGAGUGAUAGUUUGUUGCUACUUGUUAUACAAAGGUUACUGCGAAAAUGCUGAGGAUGCUAUUGCAUAUAUUCGUAAAAGACGAAGUCACAAGGCAAUUGAAACAGAAGAACAGGAGCACUAUAUCGAACAAUUUUACCAAAUGCUAUAUUCAUUCAGAAACGCGUAUCGAAAGGAUUUUCGAGCUUGA